AUGGCUCUUCAUAUUCAUGAAGCCUACAUAUUUCUGUUGCUAAUUCCUUCUUUGGUCACUCCAGCUGCUUUCAAUCAUGAAGACUACCCUGCUGAUGAAGGUGAUCAGAUUUCAAAUAAUGAUAAUAAUCUGAUUUUUGAUGACUAUCGAGGGAAAGGAUGUGUAGAUGACAGUGGUUUUGUAUACAAACUUGGGGAGCGUUUUUUCCCUGGUCAUUCCAACUGUCCAUGUGUUUGUACCGAGGAUGGGCCUGUUUGUGACCAACCAGAAUGCCCCAAAAUCCACCCAAAGUGUACUAAAGUAGAACACAAUGGAUGCUGUCCAGAAUGCAAAGAAGUGAAGAACUUUUGUGAAUACCAUGGGAAAAGUUACAAAAUCCUAGAGGAGUUUAAG